UCGUUGUUCUUGCACACCGCUUAGUGUGUCUCGAGAUAUUUCCGGGUGGUCAAGCUUGUAGACAAGGUCCUUUGAAAGUGUGGUCAUCGGUCAAGCUUGGAAGCAGGGACUAAAUGGGCCAAUCAGACGGCGGUCGGUAUACCGAGACAGGCACUUCUGGCUUUGGUCGAAGAGGCGCGAGCGCGGGACGAAUCCCAUUCGGUCCGGUAAAUGAGGGUCGCCCAUGUCCCAUCGGUGAAGCAAAUGGGGUCAGAGUCGGGUUGCAGGGCACUAGAUGGCCGUUGAAUGCGUCAGGAGGGUGCAGCUGAAGCUUGCCGUCAAGCGCCACAAACACCGUUGGGUGCUAGCCGAAACAGCAAAUGGCUAGGAGAGUGCGAGGCGCUAACGGCUUUGGGAGUCCGAGGAGGACUUUCUGAUAUGGCGGGCAAGUUGAGGAGGUGUAAUGAGGCCAUGGACGGCUGGAGGCGGCACAGUCAUGGUCAACAGGUGUGGUUAGCGAUGGCAACGAUGGCUCUGGUCUGGUCUGGCCAUUGCGCGCGCGUUUGGCAGCGUCGUGUUUGCAGCAUCGCAUUUCCCGUUGCAGAGCCUCGUUGUCGCGGCGCGUCGGUCCCUGAGACGGGAAGCCCACAGUUGCGUUCAUUCGGCUGCAGCCGCACGCGUCCAAACAAGCAAAGGGACACGCUGGCGGAGAGAGGCAGAUUGGACAGUGGCACAGGCAGGCAGGCCGGCAGGCAGGCAGCGUCUAAGAUUGUCGGGAGAGUACGGGAGGAGUCACGUGGGGCAGGGCAAGGUAAGGUAAGCAGCUAGCCGCAGUGGGCACACACGGCCGGACAGGUGGCUGCACAGGUGGGCUGCACAGGUGAGGUGCACACAACAGGCCCCAUGGCCGAGGACGUUGUGCGCUGCACUCGUGUUGCGUGCUGGUGCUGGUGCUGAUGCUGGAGUCGCU